AUGGAUAAGUAUGUCACAAGAUCGAAAAUUGGGCAUCCAAGUUCUAGCUCCACUCAUCCAUCUACCGCUUCAACCAUAGCUCCGAAAAUUCAAAGGAAAACAUUUAUUUCAGAUGUUGAUUUAGAAUCUCUUGAAGCUGAUCCGGGACUUAGAAAGCCCAUUGCAGAAUAUAAUCCUAAUAUACGUGAUGAUAUUAGGAGAUAUUAUAUUCUUAAAAAGCCUUGCCAACCUAAGGAUCAUAAAUUUCCUAAAACUAAGUUUGGGAAGGAAAUGCGGCAAUUUUUUCCUGAUUGGUUUAAUGGUCGUAAGUGGUUGGAGUAUAGCAUAACAAAAGAUGUUGCAUUUUGUUUGUGUUGCUAUUUGUUUAAAAAUGAAUGUGAAAGUCGUGGAUAUGUGGUUGAUGAUGCUUUAACAAAGACUGGCUAUAGAGCUUGGAACAAAGCUACUGAAAGAUUUAGAGCUCAUGUUGGAGAUAUAAAUAGCAUCCAUAACAAGUGUUUCAACAAGAUGCUUGAUUUGAUGAAUCAAUCACAAUCAAUACGCACUUCCUUUAAUAAGAAGUCCAAGAAAGAAAAAAGUGAGUCUCGGCGUCGCUUGAGUGCUUCAGUUGAUGUGACAAGAUUUCUCUUGAAAUUAGAAUUAUCAUUCCGUGGACAUGAUGAGAGUCGAUCUUCUUCAAAUAGAGGUAUUUUUCUUGAACUUUUGCAAUGGUAUGGAGAUAUUAAUGAAGAUGUUGGAAGCAUUAUUUUAGAAAAAGCUCCAAAAAAUGAAAUGAUGUAUUCUCCAAGUAUUCAAAAGGAUAUUGUUGAUUCUUGUGCUAAGGAAACAAUCAAAUCUAUUCUUGAAGAUUUAGAUGGGGAUUAUUUUGGGAUACUAGUCGAUGAAUCAAAGGAUGUAUCACACAAGGAGAAAAUGGAACUUGUUUUGAGAUAUGUUAACAAAGAAGGAGAAGUAAUAGAACGAUUUGUUGGUAUUAUUCAUGUUAGUGAUACAUUUGCUUGUUCAUUAAAGGAAGCAAUAUACUCUUUUCUUUCAGAUCACUCAUUAAGUCCAUCCCAAAUACGUGGGCAAGGUUAUGAUGGAGCUAGCAAUAUGCAAGGACAUCUAAAUGGUCUUAAAACUUUGAUUUUAAAUGAGACUCCAUCAGCAUAUUGCAUUCAUUGUUUUACCCACCAAUUGCAACUAACACUAGUGGCUCUUGCAAAGAAGGAUUCAAAUUUAGAGGAGUUGCUCAUAUCAGGGGAAGUGCAUACUGGGCGAGGAUUAAAUCAAGAACGUGGGCUUCAGCGGCCAGGUGAUACUCGUUGGGGUUCUCAUUGUAGAACAUUAGAUAAUCUUAUUGUUCUAUUUCCAUCAGUUAUUCAUGUGCUUGAAUUUACUCGAUGCGAGUGUCCAAACUAUACUAAUAGACUUCUUGCUAAAACUCUUGUGGAUACGAUUAAGAAAUUUGAUUUUGCCUUUAUGCUGCACUUGAUGUGGAAAGUUCUUAUGAUGACAAAUGAAUUGAACUUCUCAUUACAAAUGAUGGAUCAAGAUAUUGUCAAUGCUAUGGGAUUUCUUGCUCUUACAAAGCAAAGAUUACAAAAUAUGAGGGAUAAUGAAUUCGAAUCAUUAAUGGAUGAUGUCUCUUCUUUUUGUGAUAAACAUGAUAUAGUCAUUCCGGAGAUGGAUGCUAGCUACUUUCCUGGGAAGUCAAAGUGUAAAGCUCUUGAUGUUACAUAUUCUCAUCAUUUGCGUGUUGAAAUAUUUUAUGUUGUUAUUGAUUUGCAUCUUCAAGAGCUUAAUAAUCGUUUUGAUGUUGUGAGUACUGACUUACUUCUCGGUAUGGCUAGUUUGAAUCCAGUUAAUUCAUUUGGUAGUUUUGAUAAGGGCAAGAUAAUGAGGUUGGCUGAAUAUUAUAUGAAUGAGUUUGACAGCAACAAGCUUCGGGAUCUCAGUUUUCAGCUUGAUAGCUUUAUAGUUUAUGUCCGUGGUUCUGACAAGAGGUUCCUCAACUUGAAGGGAAUUAGUGACCUUGCUAAAGAAUUGGUCAAGUCAGAUUGGCAUCAAAUUUGGCCACUUGUUUAUUUGCUUAUCAAGUUGACUCUCAUUCUUCCCGUUGCUACUGCUUCUGUGGAACGAGCUCUCUCAUCCAUAAAGUACAUUAAAAAUGAACUUCGCAAUAGUAUUGGUGAUGAAUUUUUGAAUGGUUGUUUAGUUUGCUAUGUAGAGCGUAAGAUAUUCGCAAAUGUAAGCAAUGAUGCUAUUAUUUAUCGUUUUCAACAUAUGAAAAGUCGUCGAGCACAAUUAUAA